GGCUGAGCUGCGUGUUUUGGCUUCUGUCAGAUGUAGGAAAUGUAUGGCACCACCCCUCAGAGAGAGGGACGGAUUUACAGGGCUGUGCUGCUGAUUUGUACACACUGGAAGUGACAGUCCUGAGCUGCUUAGUGCAUGCUGAUCCCCAGGGCUGCUUAUUCCAUAAAGUCGCCCAACUGGCCAGGGUGAGGUUCACUUACUCCACAGAGGGGUGUGAGCUGCUGCCAACAUGUUUGCAUUCCCCACUAUGAAGGGCUAUGGACUUCUUUGCUGGGUGAGCUCCAACUAGUCACCUGGAAUCUCUCUCUCUGGCAUUUGCUGGAUCCUGGCAGUUCUCCACAUCCUUGGUGAUAUCAGGAGCAGCGACAAGUUGUCGAAAAAUUCUGUGGAGAUAGAUCAAAGAAUGGGAAGCACAGCUAUGGAUACUAAGAAGAAGAAGGAGCUUUCCAAAAAGACCAGCAGCCAGAAGCGCAGGAUGCUGAGGGUUCAUAUACCUGAUCUUAGCUCCUUUGCUAUGCCCUUUCUGGAUGGAGACUUGGACAGUUCAGAGAAAAAUGCUGCCCGUAAGACUGAAGAGCCCAGCAGUACGGGAAGCCCUUCAAAAAGCUUUUUUCCAAGAGCUCUACAAAACAGACCAUCUAGUCCAAUGUCAGCACCAGUGAAAUCAAAAUACAGCCCUGGAUCCCCGAAAACUGUGUUUCCGUUCCCACACCAGGAGUCACCUCCUCGGUCACCUCGGCGGAUGAGCUUUAGUGGCAUCUUCAGAUCUUCUUCCAAAGACUCUACAUCCUCCAACCAAUCUACCUCACCUGGUGGAAUUAAAUUCUUCACACGAUCAAGAAAAGCCUCAGGACUGUCAUCUUCCCCAUCCACUCCCACACAAGUGACCAAGCAGCCCAAUUUCCCUCUGGAAUCCUACAAGCAGGAGCCCGAACGGCUAGAGGCCAGGCUACGUUCCUUCUCCUCUCCCCCAGAUACCGGGCAGAGGUUUUCCAUACCACAUCUACCAGUUACUGUGACUAGAUCCUCCCUUGCAUCUUCAACUUUUAGCGCUACCUCAAACACAGCUCUCGGCACCAUUGAAGGCAUGCUGGAGAAACUGGAGCUGGAAGAUGAAGCUGUUGUUGAAGAAUCAGAGAGUGGCAUAUACACGCGCUUCAUGAAAUCCCACAAGUGUUAUGACAUUGUGCCCACCAGCUCCAAGCUUGUUGUGUUUGACACUACAUUACAAGUAAAGAAGGCCUUUUUUGCACUGGUAGCUAAUGGUGUAAGAGCUGCUCCGUUAUGGGAAACGAAAAACCAGAGUUUUGUAGGUAUGUUAACAAUUACAGACUUCAUCAAUAUACUGCAUCGAUACUACAAGUCUCCAAUGGUACAGAUAUAUGAAUUAGAGGAGCACAAGAUAGAGACCUGGAGGGAAUUGUAUCUGCAAGAAACCUUCAAGCCUUUGGUGAAUAUAAUGCCAGAUGCAAGCCUAUACGACGCAGUGUAUUCACUCAUCAAAAACAAGAUCCACCGGUUACCAGUAAUCGACCCAGUCAGUGGGAAUGCACUUUAUAUUCUUACCCACAAGCGAAUCCUCAAGUUUCUUCAGCUUUUUGUGUCAGAAAUGCCAAAGCCUGCCUUCAUGAAGAAAAACCUAGAGGAACUGGGGAUCGGGACGUACCACAACAUUGCCUUUAUACAUCCCCACACUCCCAUCAUCAAAGCUUUGAAUAUAUUUGUAGAGCGACGCGUGUCUGCAUUGCCGGUUGUGGAUGAGACGGGGAAAGUAGUCGAUAUUUAUUCCAAGUUUGAUGUCAUUAACCUUGCUGCUGAGAAAACCUAUAACAAUUUAGACAUCACCGUGACACAGGCGCUGGAACACCGCUCACAGUAUUUCGAAGGUGUAGUAAAGUGCAGUAAGCUAGAAACACUGGAGACUAUUGUAGACCGAAUAGUCAAAGCAGAGGUACAUAGGCUGGUAGUUGUGAAUGAAGCACAUAGCAUUGUUGGAAUUAUAUCUCUCUCAGACAUUCUACAAGCACUGGUGUUGUCUCCUGCAGGUGCCAAAAGGAAGGAAAGCGAGGAGGACUGAUCCACCUGAAUCUAUUAUCACAUUGUUUUCGAGAAAAAAAAGACUUGAAUGAUGUUUUUGUGUCAAACUUUUGCCUCAGCAACACUGACUGCAACAGAUGGCAGAAGAGUGGAGAAUGGAUGUGUAAAACAGUGAAGAGUUACGGCACAGUGCAAUGGCUUCCUUUAUAGCUAUUUCAUAAUGCUGCAUUAGCAGGAAGAUAUCCAGUGACGAUCCAGCAGAUUCAUCGAUACAGGAGAUUCAUCGGUUGUUAUCUGGUUAUUUUUUUUUUUUUUUCUACUCUUUAGGUUGACAUAUCAAAAUAGACACUUCUUCCUGCUUUUGAAAUCUUGCCCUUUUGGGUUUUUCAAGAGUUUGAUGUUAAGGCAUGGUCCUAGGCUAGUGUGUGGUGUAUGUAUAAUAAUGCAGGAACUUCCCCUGAAUGCGAUGGACAUGUUGCAAAGUUUGACAUCCUAAUGAAUGUGCGUAAGAGUUGAGAAAAAGUGGAACAAGGCGCCAAAUACCAUCCUAGCACCAAAAGCAUUUGCUGUCCCUUCCCCAUCACAUAGCUAUUUAACUAGACCUAGCAUAAGUAUCUUGGUUUACAUGUAUCUAACCUUUAAGAGAUACAUGUUUAGACCCCAAGAACCAUAUGGUAGAGAAGGAGCAAGGCUCCCAACUGCCUAUAGGACUAUAAGGAAUGUUUCCUACUUAUGUCUGGGCUGCAGCAGUAUACAUCUAGGUUCCCUAGCUGUGUUUUUGGUUUUCCCUGCUCUUCUGGAGGCAAAGAUUCUUAUACUGUAAUCUGCAUCUGACACAUGGCUGAACCUCUCAAUCCCAUCAUCGCUGUGUGUAGAUACAAUAAUGCAUCCAUCCCGCAGUGAGGAACUUUCUACCAGUUUAAUGUCCCCCAGAUGUACGAGACACUGAACAAAAAAAAAUGUUUAUUUAUUUUUUACAUUCAAUUUAAAAAGAAUUGCACCAAACGGGUGAAUACGAAAUGAUUUCACCAUAUCAAUAAACCAUUGAUUGUUUAAA